CGCGGCGCCGUGUGGAUCAGUCUCGAUCCUUCUCCCGCCUUCCCCGCGCGGGCGGGGCGCCGGCCACCGACGACCACAUACCACCGCAAUAUAAGCCCGCCAUCGAUCCGCUCCCCAUCAUCCCGAGAUCCUCCUGGCAGUUGGUAAGCUCGCGGGCGCGUGGCAGCGGCAGCGUACGAGGUGAGGAGAGCGAGAGCGACGCGCUUCACAGCUUGGUGGGCGCCGAGAUGCUGGCGGUGUUCGACCGGGCGGUGGCGCCGAGCCCGGAGGGGCUGCGGCAGCCGGGCGCCGCCGGGGACGACAGUGCGGCGGGGCUCGCGGACCGGUUCAGGGAGGCGCGCCCCGAAGCUGUCACCGUCAACCUCGGCGGGUCCGGCGCCAUGGCGUACUCCUCCCACGGCCAGAGCCCCCUCCUUCCCAGGUUGUUUGGCGCAGUGGAUGACAUAUUCUGCAUGUUCCAGGGCACAAUUGAGAACGUUGCUGUCCUCAAGCAGCAAUAUGGAUUAAGUAAAGGCGCUAAUGAGGUCAACAUCAUCAUUGAGGCUUACAGGACGUUGAGGGACAGGGGUCCUUAUCCAGCUGAUCAAGUUGUGAGAGACAUAAGUGGAAAAUUUGCAUUUGUUCUUUAUGAUUGCACCACCAAGUCGGUCUUCAUGGCUGCCGAUGCCGAUGGUAACGUUCCAUUCUACUGGGGCGUGGACUCUGAUGGUCGUCUCGUGGUCUCUGACGACGGUGAAAUCGUGAAGAAGGCCUGCGGAAAAUCCUCUGCCCCAUUCCCUAAAGGCUUCUUCUUCACGACGUCCGGGGGGCUGAAGAGCUACGAGCACCCAAUGAACGAGGUGAAGCCGGUGCCGAGGGUGGACAGCAAGGGCGAGGUGUGCGGCACGACGUACACGGUGGACGCCAAGGCCAAGAAGGACGCCAGCAUCCCCAGGGUCGGCAGCGCCGCAGAUUGGUCUUCGCAAUACUAGAAAUUUACUAAUUAGUUAUCUAUCUGUGUGUGGAGAAGCUCAGGUGGCAGGUGCGGAGUUUGCCCUAGCCCGAUGUUCAUAUGUAAGCCAUCAGUCUUGUUCCAGCGUUUGUCUGAAUAAACUGCUCGUUCCCUGCCGCUGCUUAUAAAUCAUCCCGAGGUCUCUACUGUAAAGAUGAGCAUGACUUUCUGUACUGCCUUGCUGUAAGAACUUGAACGGAGAUGGGUAGCUGAUCCGUUGCAAAUGUUUCUGAACAA